UUGAAGAAUCCAUACUUUCUCUAGCGCCUUCAAGAAGAUUCUUAUCUUAAUUUGCAUGUAAAACUCUCUAUCUCUGUUCCAAAACCAUUAGCUGAGCCGCCAACACAACACAACCCUGCUCUCUAUAUAUUCAUAAGAAGGAUCACAACCUUUGAAGCAGCAAGUAAAUUGAGUUAGAGAGUAUAUCAUAAUGGCAAAGGCAUCAUCAAGAACCGUUGGAAUAGCAAUGGAUUUCUCUCCAACAAGCAAGUUAGCACUCAAAUGGGCUGUUCAUAAUCUCAUCAACAAAGAUGAUCGAAUCAUUUUGAUCAAUGUUCAGCCUCCACAAGCUGAUCACACCAGAAAGGAUCUCUUUCAGGACACUGGUUCGCCUUUGGUGCCUCUGGAAGAAUUCAGGGAGAUGAAUUUCACAAAGCAGUAUGGGAUUGCUAGGGAUCCUGAAGUCAUAGAUAUCCUUGACACACUCUCAAGGACCAAAGGGGCAAAGGCAAUGUUUAAGGUGUACUGGGGAGAUCCAAGGGAGAAAUUGUGCAAUGCUGUGGAAGAUCUUCAGCUCAAUUCUUUGGUUAUUGGAAGCAGGGGUUUAGGUCCCAUUAAGAGGGUGUUGAUGGGCAGUGUAAGCAAGUAUGUGGUGACAAAUGCUUCUUGCCCUGUCACGGUGGUUAAGGGCAACCAACCUUCAAAUUCUAGGCAUUAAUCAAACUGUGAUUAACAUAGUUUGCGUCUUUAUGAAGAAAAUCCACAAGUUUGAUUAAUAAAAGGUGCACGUGUACAGCCUCAUAAUUGAAUCAUAAUUAAGUGUGAUGCACCCUUUGAAUUGCUUUCACAUUAAUAAUAAUUGCUAUUUGGUUUUUUGUACUUAAAGUAGAAUUUUCUGUACUUCAGCUUUCAUUACUGUAUCUUUAUACGCCUCUCUUGUAAUUAUAAUUAAGUACGUAGUUAUCAGUUGUGUGUCAUUUUACAUUCAAA